UAUCCGAAGGUGAAGGGACCAGGAGUUGGAGUGAUUGGGACCGGGAAAGGGGCAGAAUUAGCACUCUCCAUGACCACCUUCCUGCCAGAGGUGGUGGCUGCUGUCUGUAUCUCUGGCUGUAGCUCAAACACCGCUGCAGACCUCCAUUACGGUGACAUGACUCUGCCCGGGCUGCGCUUUGAUAUGAAUAAGGUCAGUGUUUCUGACGCUGGUGUGUUUGACAUUUUUGAAGCUCUGGAUGACCCAACGAAUCCUGCUAAUUCUCCCUGCACGAUCCCCAUUGAAAAAGCAGAAGGUCACUUUCUCUUAGUGGUAGGGGAGGACGAUCGGAUGUGGAAGAGCUCCUUAUAUGCUGAGUUGGCAAUCAGCCGUCUGCGCCAGCACGGGAAGGAAAACUUUGAACUCUUGAGUUAUCCAGGAGCAGGUCACCGAAUCGAUCCUCCUUCUACUCCGUUUUGUCAGGUAGCUAUGGAUCGUGUCCUGGGGGUGCCUGUGCUGGGGGGUGGAGAGAGCAAAGCACAUGCCCAUGCACAGGAACACUCCUGGGGAAAGAUUCAGGAGUUUCUGCACUUGCAUUUGGGAUGA